CAGCAUAUGCAACCGAGACACAUGUAAGCCAGCCCCCACCCAAACGCCCUGAUAAACAAAUGAACCUAAGCCAUAAAGAGAACACAGCCUACCUCAAACUACCAUAAUGAAGCCAUAAGCAGUAAUCCCCAACCUGCUCACAAAGAUGAAGGACAUAUCCAGCGUAAAAACUGCGAACCUCAAUGCCCGCCCCUCUCCUAUGGGCAUCCGCCAGUUCCCUUCACAGACAUCAGCGAACAGGCUCACAAUUCUUCCCGCCCAACGUCCUAACAGAUGAAGGGGAAUGCACCGCAGAGGGACUAUCCCCCCCUGAUACCCCAUCACCAUCCCCCCGCCCACACAUCGAGCGAAUCCCGCCCUCAGAACCUGAGGAGAAUGAGACGACCCCAACCACCAACUCCCUCACCCUCACAAAGGACUUAGAGGUAGAGAUGCCCCUCGAUACCGAUACCCACCCCCAAACCCCUGCGCAGACCCCCGCCCCCACGGAAGAUGAAGCAAUGACAGACCUACUCGUCUCUACACCCAACCCAACCCCAGCUCCUCACCUAGCGGUCGCAGAGACGAAUCGCUCCAUCAUUAAGUCCAACGGCAUUAACUCACUCAUGGUCAUCCCCCAAUUCACACCCACCCCAAUUGGUGGCUUCCCCCAUAUUCACUUGGCCCACGCAGCACAGCUAUUCGAUUUCCAAGCGGCAAAAGUCAUCACCGCAUGGCUCAAGGUACCCCACCCCAAGAUCCUUGUGAGAGUCUUUGACCACGACGGGAAAAACCCCUCUGUUAAAGGCCCAAUACUAGUCGAACGCCUACGCAUAGCGGUAGCUGAGAUCGCUCACUUCGUCCACCAAGACGACCAAGAAGUGAAAGUCUCCCCACCCUGCCCAGAAGCCAUCAAAGAGGGCUCUGACCACCCCCUCAGUUUCCUGAUCUACAACAUAUCAGACGAAACAAAAUCACUCAUUCUAGACCAACGAAUCUGGUCAUCAACCGAAAUCACCUUCGCAGCUCACCAAUUCAAAGUCAACUCCCCUCCAUUACUCCUCUUCUGCCUCCACGGCUUCUCGACCACAGACAUAGCAACCGUCAGAACGGCCGUCUACGAAGCAUGGUCGGAUGACGUCACCAGAUGGGACAUCUGUGACAUCCUAUCCGAAGGGGAUCUCCCUGAAGACAAAGUCCACACCGCAGCAUGGGACUUCAUCAGAUCACUGUGGAUAGAGCGCCUCGACUUCAAGGUCAGCGGAGGCAUCCUCCUCCCACGGUACAAUGUGUUCGCGAUCAGCCUCACCAAUAAUCCCUCAGUCUGGACGAAGCUAAGAGCCUACCUUCACUCCCUAACCUACCCAUCUGAACUCGAAGGAAAUGGCACGGCAGUCAACUUCAUGCCCUGCCCCCUCUGCCACUCAAUUGCCCACCCCCGUGGCCUCUGCCCGUUCCCAAACAUCCCACUUUGGAAUGGACCCAAACACAACACGACCGUGAGACACAACAAUAUGAGCCAAAGAGGUAGAGGCAAAGGGAGGAGAGCCCCCGCCCGAGAACUCACUUACUAGCUGACACACAUACUUGCCACCCCGCCCCCGUGAUACUAUAGCUAACUUGCACAUAUGCAUACAUCAUGUAACUACGUACUUGAAUAAACCCCCCUCACAAAAACCUAAAUGAUGCAAAGGGCUAGAUCCAACCAACCCCUUCACCUGCGGCCCAAAUUUACUGAUUGCGGAAGC